AGUCGACUCUGUUAAUUAAGCGUAAAUGCGACGCAAAAGUGCGCCACAACAUUUUCUCUCCAUACAAAAUUCACAACUUACGCCUAAACAAACAUUAAGCUUGUGUUGAAAGAAUAAGAGAAAACCACUUGAACAAAACUGAAAUAAUUUAAUAAAAACAAAAAGGUAAAGAAAAAGCGUGCAGAGUAAAACAAUUUGAUAAUAGAAGGACUUUGGCGCAUCCUCGGUGGCCCCUAAGUGCUGCUGCACUCUCGUGUGAAAACAAAAACAUAAGCAAAAAUCUUUUACGGCAUCUCAACUGCGUAGUACCCAAAGCAAAAACAAUAUAUUGAAAUUAUUCCACUCGGAUUAAAUAUUUACAAUUGGUUCGGCGCUAAUUAGACGAGGGAACUCCGUAAUACCCAAAGGCAGCCAAAAAGUCUACUAAGAAGCAACUGAAGCACUGAACUGAACUGCAACAACCUGAGAGCCUGAGGAACGCUUGGAACAGCCACCGCUCGUAAAUAAUUGAAGACAAUCCACAGAUGAUGCAAGAGCCAGUUGCUUAGACUAAAUGCUAAAGAAAGAUUAGAAACUGUGCCAAGGAUCAGAUAGAAUCAUGUCAAAUCCGCUGAACAUGGACAAGUCGAAUGGCAAUGGCGUGUAUGCAACCAGCAGCUGCCACAUGGAUAAUGUGGCUGCCACAACAACAGCCAUGAACACGGCAAAUAAUAUAAAUAUUAUGAAUGGCGCCGCGGCUGUUGCAGCUGCCGCAGCAGCCGCCACGCUGCCCACAUCCGCCUCCAGCGAGGACCUCAGCCAGAGCCUGUCCGAGUACACAGAUGCCGACGAGAGCAUAUCAGCACCCACAGAAUUUCUCGCCGAGUUUCUGUCUGCCGUCAUGCUCAAGGACUACAAGAAGGCUUUGAAAUACUGCAAAUUGAUUCUGCAAUACGAACCAAACAAUGCAACGGCCAAGGAGUUCUAUCCACUCAUAUUGGAAAAGCUGCGCUUGGCCGCAUCGAGCGACAGCGACGAGAAUUACAAUAAAUCCUCAUCACCCGAGCUGGCAUUAGAUCUGGAGGCGCCCGAGGAGCGCGAGGAUAGCGUUAGCAGCCGCAGCAACAGCAGCAGUCACAACAAUUGCUCCGAUGAGGAGGAUAAUGAUGAUGAUGAUGACGUGGACGUAGAUGUGGAUGAGGAUGAGGAUGAGGAUGUAGACGAUGAGGAUGACAUUGAUAAUGUAGAUGUCGAAGAGGAGAGCAGCAGCAGCGCUGACGAUUACGAUUUGCCCAUUGACGAGCAACAGGACCCGGCCGCUGUAGACAGCCUGGCUGCGCACACAUCCCAUUCACACUCCCACAACGACUCGGGCUCAUCGCGCAAUUCCUCGAGCGGAGGUGGCGGUCGCAGCGACAACACCACUCACUCAUAUUCCAGCCUCCUGCUGGAGGAGGAGGACGACAUUGUACCAGUCAAUUUGCAAUUUGGCAACAAGGAAACGAGCGCAACAGAUUUAGAUGUGAGCAACGGAAACAAGGUGCCAUCCGCCUCGUGCAGCGAUUCGGAAUCACCCACAGAGCCGCUGACCCAGCGGCUGGCCGCCAUAUUGCGCUCCAAGUGCGGCGUAUCGGCCAAUAAGGAUGAGCCCUAUUGAGGCGCUACGCUCAUCCGCGAUUUAUAUAUGCAUAUACUAUAUAUAUGUGUGUGCUAUAUACGUAACUACAUAUAUUCUUGUACUUGUACUCGUACUCAAUGAGUUAAAUGUUUACACUUCCUUUGCCCGAAAAUAAGUAACUAGUUUCCACUAGUGCAUUCGCUUUAUGAACCUAGAAACCGUCCCAAACAGCAUACAACAAAUACUAUAUAAUUCCAAAUGCAAAACUUUAGCUGCGAACUAGUUCUUUUUCCCAAAAAAAAACCCAAUUCCCUAGACAAACAUAUCGUACAAACUUAAUAAGUACUUAUUGUAGUCAUAUUUAUAUUGUGUAUGUAACUGAGUAUAAUCUACGCUCCAAUAAUAAUGAAUAUACUUAUAUAUUAUAUAUUAUUAUUAAUACAUAUACAUAUAUACACACAUAUAUACACAUACAUAACGAAUUGUAUAACAGAAUCUAUUUUAAUAAGACACACCCAUGCAAAACGCACAGGACUUGGAAUAUUGUUGGAUAACUUUACACGUUUAGCGUUUUAUAGAGUGCGACUUUUUUCCAAACAAUUUAUAAUAUACUUAGUAUUUAAUUAGGAAACGGAAAACGGUUUGGAUAAGUCUGAUAAUAUGGAUGGAGGCAAAUAGUACUACAACUGAAAUGGUCCAAAGUCAUAAACUAUAUUAAACGAAUACCAUAAAUAAUUCUUAUUUUUAAAUAAUAAUGCAUAAAGCAUUAAGAUUCUCGUAAUUUAUUCCGAUUUUCUUUGUUUCAGUAUACGUAAAUAUAUAUUGCGAUCUACAUUUUCCAAAAUAUGUAUGUACAUAAGCCUAUAUAUAUGUAUCUCAUAAUGCCCGCUCCAUGAGCUUAACUAAAUGACGAAGACACAAAUGCGACAAAUACAUAUACGAUUAUAUACCAUAUAGCUACGUUUAUAGAAAGAGAUUUGAAAAGAUUGAACCCUCUGUAUACCCUUAAUAUUUAUAGCAAUUUAUUGGUGUUUUUAAAUCGGUUCAAGUUCAACUUUAUGUAAUCAUAUUAUAUUCGAAAUGUAUUCUACGUAUAACGGAUUGUAUCAUUCAAAGUUGUAAUAAAGACAGCAGGCCAAAAA